GGAAAAAAUGUCAAAACUCAGUUCCUAGCUUUGCCACACACUUAUUAACCUCCUCUAAUAAAUGUUUCCAUGUGGUUGUGCUCUUCUAUACGUUCAAAGUCUGAGGUUUAUGCCUCGGAAGAAUAUCAACAUCUGCAUCACUGGAUCUCGUCCAGGGCCAAGGAGAAAUAGUUGAAAUCCUUUACCUGGUCUUUCAACUGUUGUUCCAUAUUCUCUGCGUUGUCCUCAACACACCGUGUCACUGUUCGUCUUGACAGGGAAACAUUUUCAAACAGCUAUUUUCUUGUCGGGGCAAAAUUGCUGCAGAGUCAACGAAACAUUCUCUAAUGAAUUCGCCCUCAGCGAAUGGCUUGCUAUGUUUGGCAAUUUUGUGGGACAGUACAUAGCUAGCUCUCGCAAUUCCGUCGUUUUCUGAGUGCCCGUUUGUGAAAAGUCCUUGCUGCUUUUGCAACUGAGAAAGCAAACUCUUUCGAUGCACUUGCCCCUCUGCUCAGAAAACGUGUUCCUAUAUUUCUCUGCGUGCUUCGUCUGGAAGUGUCAGGACAAGUUGUAGUCUUUCAAGACAGCAAUGCUCUUUGCACACUAAGCACACAGCUUUCCCUGAUACCUCAAUAAAUAAAUAUUUUGAUGGCCACUCUUGCUGGAACACCUGACAUUGAUUGUCUAAUUUCCUAUUCUUUGAAAAACUAUUUUUUUGCACAAUUUUUAGUUUGCUACUAUUUGUAACUGUGAAGUGUGUGUCAGCCUGUCAGUCACUGUGUGUCCAUGUUAUUUAUACAUGCCUUCAAAUAAAUGUCCCACAAGCGAUGGGAGUUAAGUCAUUACACAAAGGCCAGUAUUCAUUGGGCUUUUAAUCCGAAUAACAAAUACGUUUCUCCAAACUUUACUAUCGCAAAUUCUUUGUGAUCUAAGCAUUAUUCCGCGGGCCGUAUUGAAUCAGGUCGCGUGCCACAUAUGGCCCCCGGGCCGGCCUUUGCCCAGGCCUGUACUAGGUUAUGUUACUUUACCCUAUGUUACUUAACCUUACCAUAGGUUACUUUAUUAACAGAUUACAUGCAUGGAUCUCAGUGUUACUUAGAUAUGAUCUGGGAACUGUCCCGGGGUGGUGUUAGUGGUCCUCCUGUUAACGUGUGGAUGGUAUGGCCGAGCUGCAGCUGCCAAAAUAGCCCCCCCCCCCACAAACCCCCCCCUGUUAUAAAUAGCUGGAGUGAAGGGUGUUAAAGCGCCAGCUCUUUGUGCAAAGACGCACAGUGAGCGAGGGAGAGAGGGAGUCAAGUGGAAGAGAGAGUUUGUGUUAAUGAGUCUCCACCAGACCGUGGCCGUGCCACACCUGAUGAGGAUCAACAGAAACCAGCCAGAUCUGUUGAAUUUCAAGAAAGGAUGGAUGACCAAGCUAUACGAGGAUGGAAUGUGGAAGAAACACUGGUUUGUUCUCACAGACCAGAGUCUACGAUACUACAGGGACUCAAUAGCUGAGGAGGCUGCUGAUAUGGACGGCGAGAUUGACCUGUCCACCUGUUAUGAUGUCACAGAGUUCCCAGUACAGAGGAACUAUGGCUUCCAAAUCCUUAGUAAGGAGGGGGCGUGCACCCUGUCGGCCAUGACCUCGGGAAUCCGCCGCAACUGGAUUCAGGCCAUCACGAAGAACGCGCGGCCCACCAUCGCUCCUCCCGAUGUCACCCGGAAAAACGUCUCUCUGAAACUGUCGGUUCUGAAGCCCAGCUCCCUCCUUGAGGAGAAGGCCAGAGGGCGGGUGGAGCUGCAUCCGUCUCCCCAGCCAGGCCCUGACCCCAGCCCCGAGAGCCCCCGGGUGGAGGUCCGGGUGGUCAAAACACAGAGGUCCGUAGACCACGCUCCUGCCACAGUCGCCGCCCCCGCCUCGGAGCCACGCAAGAGCCGGGUCCGAGAGCGUAGGCGAGAAGGCCGCUCCAAAACUUACGACUGGUCCGAAUUCCAGCCUGGACAGACGGAGGACCCCAAGAGGGACAAAGCACCAGAUACUGUUGACCCCAGCUCUGCUUCUUCCUCUUCCACCUCCUCUUCGUCCUCCUCCACUUCUUCCCUGGCGUCCUCCCCCGUCUCCACCACCUCUUCGCCGCCAACUUCCUCCUCUAUUUCGGCCCCUCCACCCGGCCGGGGCUCCGCCGUGGCAACCAGGGAGGAGUCAGAGCAGGAGCGGGGGCGGCGGCGGGAAGAAAGACCACAGCGCUUUCAGCAGGACACCCACGCACCCAGCACGGUCACCACCACAAUGACGGCCACUGUAAAUGCAGUGGGGGCCGAACCGAGGAAGCCCGGGGAGUCCCAGGACCAGGGGAGGAUGGAGGUCGACCACCCUGAGCCUGGUGCGGAGGGGAGCGGGGAGAGCGACGGCAGAGCCCCCGACGUGCAGGUGGAGAUCGAGCAGCGGUGGCAUCAGGUGGAGACCACGCCGCUCCGAGAGGAGAAGCAGGUGCCCAUCAGCACCACUGACGCCUGCCUCACUGAGAGACUGCCCCCACAGGAGCUAGCUGCCCUGCUGGACAAAGAGCUGGGGCAGACCCAGAAGGAGCUGGCCAGGCUGCAGGAGCAGAACAACAUGCUGCAGGAGCAGCUGGAAGAUGCCAGGGGCAGAGAGCACAGUGCCAGGGAGGGCUACGUGCUACAGAGCGGCACCUCGCCCCCCUCCUCCUCACCACACAGAGCGCCAUGGCAACGUCUGCAUAAGCUCAACCAAGACCUGCAGAAUGAUCUGGAGGCCCAGCGACGCAAACAGGACCUGGCCCAGCACCAGGUGCAGACUCUGAGGAGGAGCUACACCGAUGCCCAGGACGCCAUUGGACGCCACGAGGCUGACAUCCAGGCCCUGCAGGCCAAGCUCAGCUCUGCCAUGGCUGAGAUCCUGGCCAGCGAGCAGGCGGUGGCCCGCAUGAGAAACGAACUCAAGCUGGAGCAGGAGCGCUCCCGGGAGCAGGAGGAGGAGUGGGUGCGCAGCGACGCCACUUUGCGGGUCCAGCUAAGGGACAGCGAGGACAGGCUCCGGGAGGUGGAGGCCAGCCUUCUGGAAAGGAGCCAGGCCCUGAGGCAUCUGGAGCGCCAGCAGGCCCUGCAGAGGGACCACCUGAGGGAGGUGCACAGGCUUCAGGAGAGGCUGGCGGAGGUGACAGGCCGGCUGAGCGCCACCGAGCAGGGCCAGGCCCUGAAGGAGGAGCGCCUGAGAACGGAGCAGCGCUCCCUGCAGGAGAGCCAUGAGCGGGAGAGGCAGAGCCUAGCCCGGAGGCUGGCUGAGGCUGAGUCUGGGCGGGCAGAGCUGGAGGAGAGGCUGCUGGAGGCGGAGCAGCAGGUGGAGGCUCUUCUGAGGGGGAUGCGUGCCUCGGAUGGAGACGAGGUCAGGGAGGAAGUGAUGCGGCUGCAGGAGGAUUUGGCCCAGACAACGGAUGUGGCGGAGACGCUGAGGGAGAGCGUCCGCAGGCUGGAGGAGGAGAAGGGCCGGCUGACCUGCCGCUGCCAGGAGCUCCUCAACCAGAUCUCUGAGGCAGACCGGGAGGUGACCAAACUCCGUAGCCGGCUGGAAACCGAGGAGGCCGACUACUAUACACUGGAGCACUCCUAUGAGAGGGCGUCGGAGGAGUUCCAGAAGAUCAGCCGUGUGCUCCAGGAGAAGGAGGAGGAGAUACGGCAGACCAAGGAGAUGUACGAGAGAUUAGUGGAGCGCAAGGAGGAGGACCUGAACGAGGCCCUCAUCAAGAUGACCGCCCUGGGUAGCAGCCUGGAGGAGACUGAGCAGAGGCUUCAGGCCAGGGAAGCGCUGCUCUGCCAGAUGGACAAGGGCCUGAGGGGCCAGAGCGAAGCCUGCAGUGCGGAGACGGACCUGCAGGCCAAGCUGGUGGUGGCAGAGGACCGCAUUGCAGAGCUGGAGCAGCACCUCAAUGCCCUGCAGCUGGGCUAUGCCGACCUACGGAUGGAACGCCAACGAGCCCAAGAGGGGGCUCUCCAUGCUCGGGAAACAACCAAGGAAAGGGGCCAGUCGUCCUCCAACUCCUUGCCAACGAACACAGACUCCUCGCUGACCUUUGACUUGGGUUCCAAGGUGAAGAGCUCCUCAGACAGUGAUGAGUCUCAAGCGAAAAGGCAGAGGAUACGGUUCUCCAGCAUUCAGUGCCAAAAAUACAUCCAAUCAGAGGACCUGGAGACCAGUAAUGCAGACAAUACUUCCUCAGACAUAAGCGAAGAGAUUAGCCAAGAGAUCAGCCAAGACUUCCAACUGUCCAUGGAGACCAACUCUUCUGAUAUUACAUUCCAGUUCUGCAGCGACCCAGAGAAGUUUAUUUCCAUCAUAACUGCCCUGGAGAUCAAGCUUCUGGCCACAGAGGAGAAGCUUAGAGACCUCACCCAGAAGCUUGAGGAGCAGCGGGUGGACCAGCCAGAGGGUCUGAUGGAGGGACAAGGCUCCUGGGCAGGGACUGAUUCAGAGCUCCAGGAGCUCAAUGCUAGACUCGAACAGGAAGAGGCACCCAGCAGUGCCCUCCCUGGGCCAGUUAGUCAGAUUACAGCUGCUAAGCACCAAUACGCCAAGGCCCUAGUCUGUGUAGAGUCCAGUAGGGAGAAAGUCAGGGGUAUUCUAAGUAGUCAUUGCCCGGGCAGUACAGGGCUGCAGCUCCACACUUUGUCUGAGAUCGAGAAUGAGUUAGUUAGUGCAACAUUGUACAUUAGAGAGGGCGGGAUGACAUGGAAUGAGCACCCGUCAGAGGUCACACAAAGUCCAGCCCAAGAGAUUCACAAGAGCAAAGCAUCGAAUGAGGAAACGAUACGACUCUUUGCCAAAACACUGUCUUUUGAGGCAAUGGUUUUGAAUAAGAUGGCUUUUUUGAUACAGAAUCCAGACUCGGACCUUUUGCAACGUCUUAUCGAGAUAUGUAGAGAGACUGAGACCAUCAAAAGAAGUGAUGGCGAUUGUGUGGCAAUUGUUUAUGCAGACGUCUUGACCAGGAAGCUAAUGUUAGAGAGUGCCUUCUGGGCCGAGGUGGAGAAAAUGGAAUCCCGUUGUGAAUUGAUGCAGGGAGAAAGCUCAGAUGUUAAAUCAACAGUGGCUAGUAUGUCCCUUGAGGCUAAUGUUACUGUUAUCUAUAACACCUGUGUCAAAGCUGAAUUAUCGCACUCUCUUCAGAGUCUUAAGAGCUUUUAUGAGGACAAGUUCAAAAUGCUCAAAAGGGAAUUGGCCCAAGCCCAUGGGAGCUUACAACAAAGGGAAUCUGCUUUGAAAGAGAUUAUCCAAGCUCCCAAAAGACUUGAUUUGACAGAAGUCCUUCAAGACGUCAGUAGUGAGUUUGGCUUUAGUGAGGAGCAGAGUUUAGCUGACGUAAGUGAACUGACUCCCUAUAUGGAGCAGAUUGAAAUGGAGGAGGCACAGGAUUUGGCUGAGGAAGUAGUGGAUAGACACUUAGUGGGAGGCGUGCCAUCUUGUAGCGUUGACUCUGUUGAAUCUCUGCAAGUUGGGCGAGACAACUUGGCCGCUGAGCUAGAGAGACAGGCAGCUAUCCUCCACAGAUUUUCCCAAGCGAUUGAGAGCGGCAGCCAUCCUGGCUUAGCCAAUAUUAUCCAAGCAAACUCAAGUUACCAAUCCACCCUCAACCUCACGGGUGGCUCCCUUUGCAUGCGUGAGGCGCUUAUCCAGGCCCAGGUGGCCUACGUAGCCUGUAGGCUAAGAGCCGACCACGAGCGGGACCUGGUCCGAUAUCGGCAAGCUGGCCAUAGCAUGGACGUACUUGUCCAGGAGCACGCCUGCACUGUUGGUGCCAUUCGGGAGCGCUACGAGGCCUCCCUACAGGAGGAGCGCCAGGGCUUCACGUGUACAAUGGCCUCCCUUCAGGAUGAGAACCAGGCCCUGAGAGGGGAAAUGGGCCAGCGAGUGGAACAGCUCUCCCAGCAGCAGGAGCGGCUGGCUCUCCUGGAGGAGCGCUUCCACAGGGAGACCGAGGAGCUGAGGCAGAGGCACCAACUGGAGCUGAGUCAGGCGGAGCAGGGCCGGGCCUCCACCGAGCUGGCCCUGAUGGAGACCACGGCCGACAGCCAGCGGAAGCUGGAAGUCCUGCUGGUGGACAUGGACACCAUAGAGGAGCGACACGAAGGCCACCUAAGGAGACUGGAGGAGCAGUUCCAGGGACAGAUCCGCGAGCUGCAGCAGGUCCACCAGGAGGAGAUCCAGAGGCUGCACGCCCACUACACAGAGACCAUCCGCUCCAUCCAAGACCAAGAGGAUAGCGGAAGCAAGGGCGAUAGUAGCCCUGAGUCGGGCCACUCUCAGUCUCCACUACCCGAGGAGGUCACCUCAUCCACUGAGCAGGCUUGGCCCAUGGAGGAAGAGGAGCAGGGUAAGGGGGAGGAGGGUCAGGCUAGGGUGGCGACGGACCCCAUGGUAGUCCUGAAGGACAGGAUCCAGGAGCUGGAGACCCAGAUGGACACCAUGAGGGACGAACUGGAGACCAAGCAUCUGGAGGGAGAUGUGGCCAGCCUGAGAGAGAAAUACCAGAGAGACUUUGAAAGUCUAAAGGCUACGUGUGAGCGAGGCUUCACAGCCAUGGAGGAGACCCACCACAAGGUCGUCGAGGACCUCCAGAGGCAGCACCAGAGGGAGGUCUCCAAACUACUGGAGGAGAAGGAGAGGCUACUGGCUGAAGAGACUGCCGCCACCAUCGCUGCUAUUGAGGCUAUGAAGAACGCACACCGAGAGGAAAUGGAGAAGAACCAGCGCUCCCAAAUCAGCGGACUGAGCACCGACAUCGACGAGCUGCACGAGCAGUAUCAGGAGGAGCUGCAGUCGAUCCAGAGGGAGCUGGAGGUGUUGUCGGAGCAGUACUCUCAGAAGUGUCUGGAGAAUGCCCACCUGGCCCAGGCCCUGGAGGCUGAGAGACAGGCCCUCAGACAGUGUCAGAGGGAGAACCAGGAGCUCAACACACACAACCAGGAGCUGAAUAACCGUCUGACCGUGGAGAUCACACGCAUGCGCUCCUGCUACAGCGGAGAAACUGCCCUGUCACCCUUCACCCAGGGCAAGGACCUCUAUGAACUGGAGGUCUUAUUGCGUAUCAAGGAGUCCGAAAUCCAGUAUCUCAAACAGGAAAUCCAUUCGCUGAAGGAUGAACUUCAGUCUGCAUUAAGGGAUAAGAAAUAUGCCACAGACAAGUACAAAGACAUCUACACAGAGCUCAGCAUCGUGAAGGCCAAGGCUGACUGUGACAUCACCAAGCUGACUGAGAAGCUACUGGUUGCCACGGAAGCACUGGGGGAGAGGAACGUUGAUGGGUCGGCUACCCCUGGAUAUGAUAUCAUGAAAUCGAAAAGUAAUCCAGAUUUUUUGAAAAAGGAACGAUCGACUCUCUCCAAGCAAAUAAGAGGUGUUAGAUCAAAGAGCCUCAAAGAGGGACUGACCGUGCAGGAGCGCAUGAAGCUGUUCGAAGCGAAAGAUUCCAGAAAGAUCUGAAUAUUGUGGACUCUGUUUCUUUUCCACACUUCACUCAAAUGAAAAUGGCGAUCAGACAGCAGAGAGCACGCCCCCCCCCCCUGCCAGGAAGAUAAACAUACACAUUACAACUCUACCGUGAUCCUGGACUAACUGCACCCCGUUCGGAAUAGAAAGUGCUCUGACUUCAUUAAAGUUUCUUUUGCUGUUGCCCGCUUUUUUGAUUCAUUGAAAGCUUUUUAAUAUGCUACGGUUUCUCAUUUACACUGUUUAAUUCUGUGAAUAUGCUUCUUGCAGCUGUCAAUCAUGGCCUUGACGUGUUAAGAAAUGUAAUACGGUGAUAAGUAUAUCCACUCUCCUGGGAAUUUAAAUAUGUUUUGGGCUGCAUUGCAGUUACGAGAGGGCUUAUUAAGGAUAGCAUUUAUCUUCCAUUAUGUUUUUGGCUUCUCAGUUUCUUAAUCCACUGAAAUGCCAAAACAGGGGUUUGGUUCAGUAUAAUAAUCUGUCCCAAUAGGAAUCCGUUGGAAUAUCUGCUGUAGUGUUUUGUUACCACAAACAACAAUUGCUAUUUCUAAUUAUGAUGUUGUACGUGUUUUAAAUAAGUGGCCGUUCCACUUGUUGUAAAUAACUACUGGAAGAGAUAUGUAAGAGUAGGGUUGACCAGGGAUUGUGGUGGCAUCUGGUGACUACUUAAUUUACUUGAGGAAACAGAUUUUUUUUUUCUUUAAUGUUGGUGUAGUGGCUUCAAGCCAACUAUAUACCGUGCAACCAAACUUCACGGCUAGGCUACUGUCAAAUAUUAUGGCAAACAACCUAACUCGCUACUGAUAACAUACGCCUUUUUGUCGUGUGAGGUUUUCAGCCCAGAAAGUUGACCUAAUGUAGAGCUUUGCAUGACUGUUAAUUUGAAUUAGUGAAUUGAUCAAUUCCUAUAAUUUUUCCUUUUUGUGUUUUAGUGAUUGUUCAGUUUGAGCAGACGUCUCCUCCGUAAGCUUUGCUUUGCUUCACCGCUCUUGUCUUUUUUAUUUUUGAUGCUGGGAGGGGAGAUGUUUAACUGAAUAUGCCUUUCACUUGGUCCAAUGCCCUGACCUCUCUUUAAAACCCCUUUUUAUCUUUCUGGCUCGUUUUGAGUUCAAAGAUAAACACAUUCACAAAACCUGUGCAGCUAUGGAAACACUGUAUAGUAUUCAAAGCACGCCUUGUAAAUAUACUGUAUGCCACACAGAAGUUGUUUGUGUUACGUUUUAAAUCUGUACCUUGCUUACUAGCAACAUAUACUUACAUAUGAAAAUAUAUAUAUGAAUAUUUUUUAUUUUCGUUUGAAUGUAAAACGUCAAAUAAAUGAACCGUUUCUGAA